CGGCACGACAAUAAAUAAGUGACUACUUCGAUAUUCUGGUGCUUUGCCUGCAUCCAUCUCUCACCACCCGCCUGGUCCGCAAUGCCGAAGAACAAAAAGGCCAAGACGAAACACUACCCGUCCAAGAACUCCGCCGAGCUCAGCCAGGCCGAGAUCUGGGAUGACUCGGCCUUGAUCAGGUCUUGGAACGACGCUGUUGCAGAGUAUGAGUACUAUCACAGCAUUCACGCCCGCGGCGAAGACGUCGAAGAGAUCCUGCGCAAGGCUGAAAUGGAUGAACUCGCCGAAAACGGAACCGGCGCUCUCUCCACCGAGUGGCAACAAGUCAACAGUGGUCAGACAGACCUUGAAUCCGAUGCGAGACCUAUCAGUGGCUCUACAGCAGUGGCUGCUGGGGCUACAGCUGCAGGCAGGGCAAGCCCAGAGUCUCAGGAGGACGGGGAAAUCGAGGACGGCGAGCUUGAAGACGACCUCGAAGCGGCCAGGGAAGCGUUAUCUCGCAAAGUAGUCCUUCAAACCGAACUGUCUGCUCCACAAGUACCUGCAGAGACCCCAGCGGAGCAGGAGAUAUCUCAACAUGUCGCAGAAAACAUGGCAUCUCAGGUGCCGUCGAGUUCGGCGAACAAGCCAAAACCCAUGAUAGGACCCAGUUUGCCCCCUGCGGCUGUCGAAGCUCCAGGUCCUUCCGCAGAGCAGACCCUUGAAAACAUCAAAAUGGCAUAUUACUGGGCCGGAUACUACUCAGGCCUAUAUGACGGACAACGACAGGCUCAAGCGUCGGCGCCGCCACCACCACCACCUCAGCCGUAGACUCCACCUCAGUCUUGUUGUCCGAGGAUUAUGGCGAACGUCUACAUGCCCACGAAUUGCUGUGCUUUCAUAUCGAAGGGCCUCUCUUUGUGCCCAUAACACCACUGAGCAACGUGAAGCUUCCCUGGUGGAAGGAGGACGACCAAUGAAUGACCGCAGAAUCUGAUUACCUGAAGCAAAAUGCCCUCGAAGCGCUGUACAGUGUCGAGCCACCGCAACAUUCUACAGGAUUGCCAGGAGCCAACAGCCCUAUCAUAUCACCACUGAAGAGGGACCCUUUCAGCCUCACUCCAACCUGCUCUCCGAGGUGAAGUCAUCCAGCUCAAUGCAGUCACAUCACCAAUUCAAAUGAGAAUAUGCCAGGCCUUCGCAACUAGAAGCGCAACAGGCAUCGCUCCUAAACAGACAUUGAAAGCACUCGAAGAUGAUCUGUGAGAUACCCGCACAUAUCACACCCGUGCACGUGUCUUUCCCUAUCUGUCUCACCAUCACCCAUUGCCCAUCCGAACUCCGUUGUCAGCCAUUUCGAUCUGAUUCUGUCCGAUCAAGCUGGCUCUGGCGCUGCUUAUCCUCUGAAGUGAAGGCUGAGGAAAUGUCCUCCAGCCUAGACACAAAUUCACGAUUGUCCACGUUAAACAGCACGCAUAUCCUGUUCGGCGAGGCCGGGUGUUGCUGGUUGCAGUUUGCCGGUCCUAAGGCCACAUGACAGGAGCGUUAAAGUCAGUUGCUGCACGGUCAGAUCAUGUCUUGAUAUCAUAGUGAGGCAACUUGGAGGCCACGCACUGCCCGGUCAAUGCAAGUGCCAAUGCAGAACUUUUCUGAGUACAGGGACUGGUAGAUUAUGCACUGGCAGUGGAAGUGACUUUCCUGGAUUAAAGUUCCCACCACAAACUUGAAGACGCCUCACACACUGGGGAUAUUGGAAAUUUGACUGAUUCAAGGACUGGGACGCAAAGCCGUAACGGUUAUCAAGCGCUCGUUGUCUUUGUGAUGUGCCGAGUGAUACAAGAUUACAGUGAUCACUUGAACGUGCUAUUGUCCUAGAGUGGCCCAGUCUGUUCAUCCAUUUCAGCAAUGCUGCUGUGUGCGUACUGCAUGUCAUGGUACCAAGCGCCUGGCGAAUGCUAAGCAUAUAUCUCCCUCCCUGGUCUCGCCGUACUAGUAGUUCGUCCAUCCUUCGCUUUACAGAGCUCAUGGUUCAAUCGACAAGCUUGCAGAUCAGAUACGCGCAUGCUUCCGUCAACUGACUUAAGACGACAACCAAGAUCAAUCAACGGCGAUCUGAUAACA